AUUGUUUUCAACCAGGAAACUGCACUGUGUUCGUGAGACCGGUCGACAAGAACUCAAUGGCAGCUCAAUAAUUGAAUAUUCAUAAAAUUUAUUUAAUAACUCAGUUUAUUUACAAUCGUCACUAAAGGAUCAUUUGAAUUCGCACUCUUGAUUGAUGAUAUAUUUAUGUGAACAUUGUAUUUUUGGACUUGAUUUUUAUUUAUGUCGAAUUGUUUUGAUAUCAGAAAUUAUCAAUAAGCAGUAUUUGGGUUUUCAAGAAGCUUGAUUAAAUAUAAUACGGAAGGAAGUAGUUUCAUCUGUAUGAACAAAUGAGAGCGGCUUUUAGGAGUACAAAAUGAUGGUAGUUUGUACCGUUCGAGUUUUCUGUAAUUAUUGAGCAAAUACAAUCAGCUAUAAUUUAACGAAUAUUUUUAUUGCAUAUAACACAACACAAAACUAUGCAAUAUGACAACAAGAAAAGAUUUCUUGAUACAAUGCAGAAGAAGGGGAAUUUUCCUGCGCAUAUCUUGAACUAUAUUAGAGGCAUCCACAAACUCCUCGAAGAACGUAGUCAGUCCAUACGAAAACUACAGGGUAUAGUCGAAAGGACUAAGAAGGCUUUGUUAAACGUGGAAAUACAACACACAUUCCAUCGAAUAAAAACACUAAAUCGAGAGUUGGAUAGGAUCAAACACGAUAUCGAAAAUAGCAUCAACGACGACAUAACACAACGUUUCGUAACAACCCAAAACCAAUCAUUCCUCAGUAAAUCCCAAAUUCAAAUACGCAGAACAACCGCAAAAAUCGAAAGAAUAAUAACCAAAUCAGCAGGCAACAAUCAACAUACACCAACAACUAACCAGAGGGCUUUACUUAACACUACCACCAAAUCCGUACCCUCAGAAAUGAUGGCUCUGUUGAGCUUUGGACCAAACUUCUCCCUUCCUGUGUUUCCAAACCAAAUUCCGACAUACCACCUCAUCGCAAACAUCGAGAACAUUCUACGGACUUCUCCCAACAAAUUCAUCCAAGACAAGAAAAGAUGUCUAGUAGCAAAUCAUAUUCAAAAUUAUCUUUCACGAUCACUAUAAAACCAACAGAAAGAUUGCGUCACAGUUUUCUGUCAGAAAGCUGUCAAAGUCACAAAACAAUUUUUAACCGACAACCCAGAUAUAUGCAUCCUAAAGUUUGAUAAAGGAAAAAGAACGGUGAUAAUGGAAACGAAAUAUUACGAUACGAAGAUGCUGUCACUUCUUGAUGAUUCAACUUACAAAGUGCUACCUAGAAAUCCAAACAGCUUGCUUUCAACGCCUAAACAACUCAUUUGUGGAUCGCCUUCUCAAUCUCAAACUCACAUACAAAAGUACAGCCAAUUAUCUGAAACCAUACACAUCCAUCUGCCCACGGAUUUAUGGACAACCCAAGGCUCACAAACCAGGUUUACCGCUCCGCCCGGUAGUACCAAACAUAACAGCCCCGACAUACAAUCUCUCUAAAUACAUUGCCAACAUUCUUCACAGAGCAAUACGCAGUUUCCAAUUCGCCGAAGAAAUCAACCAAGUUACACUCCCCAUGGACUACGUACUAGUAUCCUUCGACGUCGUGUCCUUCUUCACCAACAUACCCAACGAUCUAAUCCUUCACGAUAUUAUAAUGGAGUGGGAAAAUAAUAACCAACAUCAACCUGGAUCUCUUUUUCGAACUAGUAGAAUUUUACCUCAACAACGGUUAUUUCUGCUUUCGAGAAAAAUUCUAUAAGCAAACCUUCGGCACCGUCAUGGGCAGCCCUCUUUCGCCUAUCCUUGCAGACAUCAUCAUGGAAAAUUUGCUAAAAACAAUCACCCGCGAGCUUCCUUUCGAAAUUCCUGUCCUACGAAAAUACGUUGAUGAGCUGCUAUUAGCCCUUCCGAAGGACAAGAUAGAUGAGACCCUAGAAAUGUUCAAUGGCUACAACCCACACAUUCAGUUUGUAAAAGAGGAAGAACAAAGAAAUCAGCUCCCAUUCCUAGACACAACAGUGAUUCGCAAUUCAGAUCAAUCGCUAAACACACAAUGGUAUUCAAAAUCUAUCGCAUCUGGCCGAUUAUUUAACUAUUUUUUUCCUUACACCCGAUGCACAUGAAAAUCAACGUCGCCUCCAACUUCAUAAGACGAGUGACAUCCCUCACUACCAACCAAUCGUUUGCCGAACAGAAUAAUUUAAUUUUGCGCCAGAUCGACUAUCCAACAUCACUUAUAAACAGAUUGCUUAGCCAAAAAACCGUUCCACAAUCACCAUCCGAGAGCUCACUGGAUACAAAACAAACCGCCAAAACAGACGAAACAACGUACCGGUCCCUACCAUACAUCCCGAUGCUGACCAACACACUCCUUCGAAGCCUAAAAACAAACUAUCCUAACGUCAAAAUUACCCCAAAAACAAUCAAACCAUCUUCAAUGUUGCUAAACAACAUUAAAGAUCCCAUUGAUCCCUCACUAUGUUGCAAUGUUAUUUACAGCAUCCCAUGUGGUGUGUGUGAGAUGAUAUAUAUUGGUAUGAUGAAAAAUCAACUAAAAACAAGACUUAGCGGGCACCCGACCAAUAUUACAAAAUAUAAUAAAUUGAUCGAAGCAGGAAAAACCAACACAGAUAUCGUUAUGAUCGAAUUUGGAGUAAAAACAGCUGUCAUUCUUCACAGCAUCCAACACCAACACGAUUUUGACUUGACCGCAACCAAAAUUAUCGACAGAACCUAUCACUCAUCAACGUUACCAGUGCUGGAGAUGUGUCAUAUAGUUAACACACCCAACAAGAUGCGCUAUGCAAGACUAUCGUGUGACAACUUCGCUGAUAUUCAUAUAUAUUUAUUCAGUGCUUGGCCUGGGAUGGAUUUCACCACACGCGCCUAUUUAUCGACUAGUGAAUCAAUCUUACAAUAUAAAUUGCACAUUGAAUCGCUCAGAUCCAGAUACGUACAAGUAUACCAGCAACGAUUUGAUGUUUUACAUUAAGGAUACACCUGUGUCUCGACAAAAUGUUAAGAUUGUAAACGAAUCAACUAUUCAGUUGCAAAUUUUUAAUUCAUCAGUUAACGCUCUUCAGUAUAUAUGCAAAUUAAAUAAUACAAAAGGAGUCGACAUGCGAAGCGUUUUUGUCGGAUAUAAACCAUACAACGUGACAAACUUCAAAUGCCGAUCGGAAAAUUGGCAGAAGAUGAACUGUUCCUUUGAGCAAGCAUACAAUCCAAUUCCGACGAAAUAUGAUUUGAGCUUUCGGUUUGAUACAUCUCCUGUAGAUUUCACAUGUCCUCUUGAGGGACAGUUCAACAAUACGUGGAAAUGCUCAGUAGAUUUAGACUCUUCAUAUCGACAAUCACAUGAGCUGUAUUAUUUUGUUUUAGAGUCAAGCAAUGUAUUCGGGAGAAAUCGCCAAGACUUUAUAAUUAAUAAUUUCAACAAUGUUAUUCCCGAAGCACCGUCGGAAUGUACUGUUAGUAACGUUACUUCGAAUAGCGUAAUGUUGCAUUGGACAAUUUCUUACAAGUUGCAAACGUUUAAAAGAGAUUUCAUUUUUCAAAUUAAAAUAUUAUCAAGUUUUGAUAACAAAAUGUGGAAAUUCGUGAAUGUCAGCGGGAUACAUAAAUCAUUGACUAACUAUACACUACCACUCGAAAAUCUGCAAUUCGCUGAUGCCCGAUAUGAUGUCAGAAUAAGAAUGAAAACCGCAACCGCUGAGGAUAUCGAGGAAAUGUGGUCUAAUUAUUCCAGUUGUUUAUUUAACACAUUACCCAGGAGACCAGAUAGUCCACCAGACGUAGCCGUAGGAGGGUUUGAGAUUAACGUGUACAAUGAUAUUUUUGUUUACUGGAAAGAAGUGACCAAAAGCAAACACAACGCAGCGAAUGGAUUUCAGUAUAAGAUUACAAGCAUCACGAGAAACGGAGAGCCAGUCAGUAACGUAACCGAGGGUCGUAAUGGAAGUACUAUGGUCCAGUUUAGAAACAUGACUGAUGGAAAUUAUACAUUCGAAAUACGAAGUUCCAACAACAAGGGUGAUUCGUUACAGUACAGCGAAUUAUUUAUACCGAGUAGAGACUAUCGCGUACCUAAACCUGAAAUUACUAAACUACUGUCAGAUUCGGGCAGGUAUCUUUUGUCGUGGAAGGCAAUUCCGGAACACAUUGCGAAAAUUACUUCAUACACAGUGUUAUGGUGUAAUUCAAGCAGUAAUUCUCCGAAUGAUUGUAAUGGAUCAAUCAAUUUCGACUAUGUGGAUGGAACGGAAAAUAGCUACGAGCUUAAUAAUGUAAGUUCUACAUUAAAUUUUGCUGUAGCGGCGAAUUCUAUGAAUAUUUCCUCUGGUAUGGUUUGGGCAUCAUGUACAGCCACACAAAAGAAUGACAUUGGCAAAUUGAAGACAAUUUGGAUUCCUGCUAUGCAGUCUACUUAUAUUGAUUUGGAAUGGAAGUUAGAAUGUGGCGAUAGCGCCAUAGUAGAAGGAUACAACAUCAUCUAUUGUCCUAUCAAUUCGCCUCGAGAUCAAAGUUGUAAGGAACCCGAAAAAUCUCUCAACAUUACUGGGACAACAUCGCACCGGAUAAGUGGUUUAAAGCCCUACGUUACAUAUAGAAUUCAAGUGGCUAUGUACUCAAAAAUCAGGAUUGGUCCACGAAGUGAUCCUCUUUUCAACACAACGCUAGAAGCAGCACCAUCGCCUCCUAGGGAUUUAAUCUACAAAGAUAUACAGAAUGACUCUGUGACAUUGCAUUGGAAAGCACCACUUCAAAUUAAUGGGGGUAAGAUGAAUUAUGAAGUGUGGUACAAUCAUCUACAUACUAAAGUAUACACGGAAAACUAUACACAUGAUGUUACAUACACGUUGCGACAGUUAGAACCAUUCACAAGUUAUAAGAUUAUCGUUCGUGCUUACACUAUUGGCUUUUCGAACAAUUCAAAUUCCGUUGACAUAACGACUGAGAUUGGUAAACCCGGUACUAUGCAUCAGCCAGGCUCAGUGGAUUUAAAUGAUACCCGAUUAUCAAUUGUGUGGCAAACACCUGAACGCAAAGCAGGUUGUAUAGAAUAUUAUGAACUUAAAAUUAAGACAAACGUACAGAACGAAGAUGCAGCAACUAUAAUACGCGUGAAAGGCAAUCGAUGUCGGCUUACAAGAUCUAUUUGUCAGCUUGGCACAGUAGACUCCAAUCGUACCGACAAAUAUGAAUUUUCUGUUCGCGCAGUCAACGUUAUUCUUAGCCCACAUGCUCCUAACUAUACGAUGUGGAACAAAUUACAUUGUAGUGAAAAAUAUUCAUACUAUUUUGAUCAAGGAGUUAGCACAUCACACAAUUACCACACAUAUCCUAGUGCAGUAGAAUGUGAGGUUCAUGACCAGGAGGUCUCUUUUAUCAAUUGGACUAGAAUUGAUCAAUACGCUACAAUUAUGCAUGGUGAGUGGUCAAAACCUCUCGCGCAUUGGUGUAACUAUGGCCCUGAGCAGUCAUUAUUUAUGAUUUUCUUCCAAGUCAUCACUGCAUCGUCUGGUUUAGUCGUAGUAAUGGCAUGCACUUGCAUGAUUAUGAAAAAGAUGAAGCGUAUCAAGAAUAUACAAGUUGUAUUACCUGAUGCGUUGAAAGAAAUUGUUUCAGAAAAUGCAGAUAUAACGCAAAAACACUGUUGUUUCGGUGAUCACGAACAUUACAAUGAAUCGUCGGACAAUGAACCAGCGGAUAACAUUCGAGAUGAUACUCUUCUUCCAUUUGCGACGCAACAUAGAUAUGAAGAAAAUAACUUGCGCGUGUCUGAGGAUACAGCCAGUCUCGGAUCUACAGAAGAAAUGGUACCAAAUGACAUUGAUUUGCUAACACUUUCAGAUGACUAUAAAUCGCAAUACCAUUUAUCUAUUGACAAUGCGUUGCCCCAACAUACAAUAAAUGAGGAAUCGGCCGAAAGUGUGAAAAGUAUGCAUGUGGUAAACUUUUUGAGCAUUGGUGCUUCAGGAUACGUUUUAGCACCUGUGCCGAAAAAUAGCGCAAACGGAUAUGUGCAAGCACCUGUACUUAAGCCUCCCCGUCCUGAAUAUAUGCUUUCCAAGAUACCGGCAACAGUAGCUACAGACACGGAUUGUAUUUCAGGAUAUGUAACACAUAAACAGCUCUCAGAUUAUGGUCACAAGAUGCAAUAAAAGUGAAAGUGUGUAAAUAG